CCAAAGUGACCUCAACACCGAGCAAGAGGAUGGCGGUAGUCGGUGUCUCCCUGCUGCUCUUCGCGUCGGCCUUCGUGCUGGUUAAUAUGGCUCAAGUGCCUGUAUAUGAUGCGAAUCUAGUGGGCACGAACUCAAUGCUCGUGACAGACCCCGCUCCACCCUCACAGAUCCACAUCGCAUUGGCCGAAGAGGUGGAAGUCAAGGGUUCUUCAGCUAGUAGAACGCUAAAUGCGGCGGCAUCCGAGAUCCGGUUGGGAAUGACGAUUUCCUGGGCGACGGACGUGAAGACAAUGACGUCUUCGGUGCGCUACGGGCUGUCCAAGGACGAUUUAUCGAUGUUACAGCAGUCUGAGGAGCCCUGUGAGCAGUACGACUUCUGCUCGUACACGUCACCAUGGCUACAUCAUGUGACGAUUCCAGGAGACAAACUUGAGCCAAACACGAAUUACUAUUACCAAUGUGGAGAUGAAACUGGAGGGUGGAGUACCGUAUACACAUUCAAGACGGCUAUACCCGUCGGAAAUGAGACAUCGCAGACGUUUGGUGUUAUUGGAGACCUCGGCCAAACCGAGUACUCCGAGCAAACCAUUCGCCAUCUCGCUGGCUAUCAUUCGACGAUGAGUGCAAUCGUCUGUGCUGGAGAUCUCUCAUACGCAGACAGUGAGCAGUACCGAUGGGAUCGAUGGGGUAAGCUCGUUGAGCCGUUGAUCGCCCGUAUGCCCUGGAUGACAGCACCGGGCAACCACGAGGUGGAACGUCCCUGCCAAGCGGACGUGAGCGAGUUCGUCGCGUAUCAGACACGUUUCCGCAUGCCGUACGAUCGAAAGGAUCAGCUGCAACGGCGUAAUUUAUACUACGGAUUUCGCGUUGGCCUCGUCCACUUCAUUAUCCUAACACCAUACGUCGACUCAACCCCCACGUCGCCACAGUACGAAUGGGUACAACAAGAGUUCCAGCGUGUCGAUCGUAGCGUCACCCCGUGCAACACGGCACACCAGGGUCUUGAGCCGCACAUGGUCAUGAAGAAGCACAUGGAGGACAUUCUAUACCGGAACAAGGUGGACGUAGUGCUCGCUGGACACGUUCACGCUUAUGAGCGAAGUCACCCGGCUUACAAGGAGAAGGUAGUUGAAGACGGCCCGGUUUUCGUCGUACUCGGUGACGCCGGUAAUCGAGAAGGUCUGGCACCGACAUACUUCGACCCGCAGCCGGAAUGGUCGGCUUUCCGCCAGGCAGAUUACGGAUUCUCGCUGCUAAAUGUGGUCAACCGCACGCAUGCGAGUAUGCAGUGGUUCGAGGACCGAGCGGAGGGGGACGCUAUCCUUCGCGACACCGUCGCUCUAACUACGUCCAAGUACCGUUCCGCUCGGGAUUAUAAGUAG